UCGUGUGUGCGUGUUGUACGAUGCAUCAGGCCCUAAGAACUUCCCCCUCGCCGCCGCGGCACGAGUAGUGUGGCGUCAGACAUAGUGAUGGUUGUACUAUUUGAAAAAUAAGUCAAAUUUGGUGAGCCUCAAGUUCCCGUGAGAGACUAAAGUAAUGAAAUCCCGCCUGCUGUACCUGUAGUGUAAGUUGCUGGAUGCAGGAGGAUAUUGUAGAAAAUAUGGCCGAUCUUUACAAGUAGAUUAGUCCCUGACUCACGCAUUGUUAUAACAUACCCACAUGUAGUUUUUCAAAGGGCUACACUUCCAUUUCGUGUGUAGUUUCCUAGUAAACAAUAGCUGCUCCUCAUUGAAACGGCUGUUAAAAUGGAACGUCAAUACGCAAUGUCUCAGUAAAGAUGUGCAUUUUGUGCAUGCUCCAGUACAUGGGAGAAGCCAUGGGUAAAGGGGUAGCAGGAGCAUGUGGUGCCCGCCAGGGAGAGUAUGAGGUGGCCAACGAAGAGCAGACUAACCAUGAAGGAUUGCAUUCCCGCCAUGAUUGGAGAUACUAUCUUUGCUGUUUCAGCCAAAGUGGCAGUCGUGCCGAACGGGGAAAGAUGGUAUUUCUACAUGGUGUGCUUUACUUGGAGAUCAUAGAGGGAAGAGAUCUUCCUGAUGUUGAUACAUCUUGGUUUCGCUCAUCAAAAGAUGUCUCUGAUCCCUAUGUUACUGUGGACACCUGCUGUGGGGGAAGAAAGACUUGUCGUAUUGCCAAGACAUCCAUCAUCUAUAAUUCCCUUAACCCACAAUGGGGAGAAAAAUUCCGCACUGAAAUGUGCCAUGAAACAGAAUCUUUGCUAUUUACUGUUAAAGAUUUGGAUCUUGUCAAAAUGGAGUGCAUGGGUUUCAUGAGUAUCCGUGCUGAAGAUCUCCUCCAAGAAGAGCCUGUCACUGGUUGGUUUCCUCUUAUAAGUAAGGAUGGGAUGCCUCAAGGCUCCCUGAAUGUAGCUUUAAGGUAUGUGUCCUCUGAAUCAAUCACCCGAUCAAACGAGGUCCCAGACACUGUUUAUCCUCUGAGGGCUGGUUGUAAAGUCAAGCUUUAUCAAGAUGCACAUACUCCUGCUAUUUCUCCUGUCACAGAUGUUCCUGGUCCAAAUGGAGAUCCUUAUGAGCCUCCUCAGCUUUGGAUUGAUAUCACAAAUGCCAUUGAAAAUGCUCAGAAGCUUAUCUACAUUAUUGGAUGGAGUGUAAAAGCUGACCUAAGUCUCAUCCGGGAAGGAGAAUGUGAAAACCUUGGUGAUAUAUUGAAAAGAAAGGCAGAACAAGGUGUACGAGUUAUGGUUAUGGUUUGGAAUGAAGCAAUGAGUACAGAUAUAUAUACACCAGGAAUCAUGGGCACACACGAUGAAGAGACAAGAAUAUUCUUUGAAGGUACUGAAGUGGAGGUAUUUCUAGCCCCACGUCAGAAGAAUAAAAGCAAACUGAUGGAAAGUAAUUUUGUAGCUACUUUGUAUACUCAUCAUCAGAAGAGUGUGGUUGUAGAUGCAGAAGUAGAAGGUAGUGACAAGAGACGUCUUAUUGCCUUUGCUGGUGGUAUUGAUCUUACAGAUGGUCGUUGGGACACACCAGAACAUCCAUUGUUUAAAACACUACCUGAGCAGCACCAACAUGACUUCUACAAUGGAGUUUGUACGGCAAGUGUUUCAACAGGACCUCGUCAGCCAUGGCAUGAUAUACACUUGUAUGUAGAGGGUCCUGCUGCAGGUGAUAUUCUUUGUAAUUUUCAAGAGCGCUGGCGCCGACAAGCUUUUGAUCGUGAGAAUCGACUACUUGGAGUAACAAAAGAUGAUUUUGAGUUGGAAUGGGAAUAUUCUGAGGAAGAUUCUUGGAAUGUUCAGUUUUUCCGUUCAAUAAACUCUGAUUCAGCUAUGUUUGACACAGACGUAUUAGACAGACUCCUCACUAGGAAAGGAAGACUUUAUGAAAAUUCCAUUCAACGUGCAUAUAUCCACCAUAUCCGUAGAGCAAAACGUUUUAUUUACAUUGAAAACCAGUAUUUCUUGGGUUCUGCCCAUAGCUGGUUAGUUCAUGAUGCAAAAUGUCCUCAUCUUAUACCUAUAGAACUCACAAUGAAAAUUGUCAAUGCAAUAAAGGCAGGUGAAGACUUCAGAGUUUAUGUGGUUAUUCCAAUUCAUCCUGAAGGUGAUCCUACAUCAUCUGCUGUACAAGAAAUUCUUCAUUGGCAACAUCGUACUAUGGAAAUGAUGUACCGGAAGAUUGCAAAGGCUAUUCGCAAAGCCAAGAUUAAUGCUCAUCCUUCAGAUUACUUGGGUUUCUUCUGUUUGGGUAAACGUGAAAGUCCUGAUGAGGUUCCAGAAGGAUUAGAGGAACCAGAUCCAAGUUCAGUAUCGGGGAAAGUCCGUGAAUCACUGCGUUUCAUGAUUUAUGUUCAUUCUAAAAUGGCGAUCUUUGAUGAUGAGUACAUCAUUGUUGGGUCUGCUAAUAUCAAUGAAAGGAGCAUGAGUGGUAACCGUGAUUCAGAAAUGGCAGUUGGAGCAUAUCAACCAAAGCACACCAAAGAAGAAUGUGGUAAUGAUGAGAUUGCUGGAGAUGUCCGUUCUUUCCGUCUUGCAUUGUGGGCAGAGCACUGUGGUAAUCAUAUGGAAGAACACUUAAGCCCAGCUUCAUUAUCUUGUAUGGCAGCCAUGAGAGAUAUGGGUCAGAGUAAUCUUGAAAAGUUUAUCUCACCUGAAGUUGAGCAUAAUGAUUCUCACUUGAUGACUUACCCCUUAAGAGUUACAGAUGAUGGUCAUGUUGUACUGCGAGAGGAUUGUGAAAAGUUUCCUGAUACUGGUGGUUCAAUUACUGGGAAAAAUUCAAAUUUCCUCCCCAAUUCUUUAACUACUUAAAAUAAUGUAUUUUUAUUGUUAUGGAUUAUUUUGGUAUAUAAUUCUUUCACUAAUGCUAUUGCAAUAUGUUCCUGGUGUCUGUCUUGAAAUUGGUACCAAGAGGGCAGAUGUAAGGAGAAAACUGCAAUAUACUAUUGCUACUUAAGGUACAUAUGGCAAUUCUCUAUUUUGUGAGAAAUUAGUCCUUUGCCUUGUAACUUACCAACAAAUGGCCUUUAUUAAAGGGUACAAACUCUUAUUCUGAAUUUAAAAAGUUGUGUGUUUAUUGUCACAUAAAUACCCUUGUAAGUCAUAAGUUAAAGGUACAUUUGUCUGGAUAUGGAACUCAUGAAGCUGUCAUUUUGGUAAUACAUUAAGAAGUACUGUAUGGUUUUGUAAAUAAUAUUUUGGAGUUGUAUAAAAGUUCCCUGUUUUUUUUUCUUUUCUUUUUAUUAAAAGUUCCCUGCUUUUUUUAUUUUAAUUUAAAAAGUCUCUUAUUUUAUGUGGUAGCUAUGCGAUGGUAGGAAAAUAGUGCGGUUCUUUAUUUACAAAUAUGUUUAGGGCCUCUUGAACAUGUAUGUAUGUAAUGCUGAAAAUUUGCCAUUUGAUAUUUAAGUUUAUUCUGACAUUUUCCCCAGCUAUCUGGACUGUAUUUUCAAAGUAGUAAAUGCACUAUUAACUUUCUUGAAGCAAGACAAAAAUGGAUUUUCCAGGGAUUUUUAUGGUACCCUUUGUUUGUAUCCAUCACUUAAUGGCCUGUGGCAGCUUACUGGCAAAUAGUAAUUUAGUGCUUUUUUCACAUAAGUGUUAAUAAAUUAUCAUGGUAACUGACAGUGCCAUUGUCUCUCUUUAUUCUUGCACUAGUCUUGGUGUUUGCCUUUUUGCAUAUGCCUAUUAUGUAUAAUGAGUGCAGUGAAUGGAUAGUUUUAUAUUUGUAAGUCGUUUUUGAACAUUAUUUUUUAUAUCCGUAAAAAAAUGAAGUGUAUAUAUUUUGCAUGUUUUUAUCAGAGAGAGCAACUUGCAACAAUAGAGCGCUUUUUUUGAUAUUGUGUACAUAGGCAUAAUUGUGAAUUUUAUAUAAUAAGUGUACAGUAUUCAUAUUUUUCAUUUUUUUAUUCUUAAAAUAAAGCUUGUGGUUUUAAUGGCAUUAGAAAACACAAAUUUGGGUACACCACUUGAAAACCUUUAUCAAUUAUAAUAUAGAGUAUAGAUACUAUACUUUAAUUAUUAAUGUCAUGCUUUAGUGCAUUUUAUCACUUAUCAUUUUUCUGCCAUUCAUUUGCAAAUUUCCUUGAAAGUUUGGAGAUGUUUAGGCUUCAAUUAUUCCUUAAAAUGAAACCCAACAAAGAUAGGUGGAAAAUUUUGUGCAAAAUGUGUAAAACUGCAUUCCUAAUGCAAAUACUUUUUUAUUUUGAACAAACCUUUGUAAACCUGGAAUUUUUCAUCAUACUACUGUAUUUAAUUGACAUUGUGAAAUAAAAAAUUGGGAAUUGGACUGAUAACUCCUAAUAUCCUAGCACGUGUCUUUACUGUACCACAUUAACUUUUCAACCUAAGCUUAUUAAAGGUACAUCUGCUAGUUUCUUGAAGAGGUUAUUGUUCUGAGUGUAGUCAGGGUGGACACAUCAGAGUUUAAACCUUGUCCAAUCCACUGAUUAGACUUGUAAAAGCAGAUGCUUUUAUAUACUGUAACUACUACAGUAAUUUGAUGGUAGUAUUAACAUACCUACUGCUGCAGACUGGAAGGUUGACUAGAGAUGGAAAGAGUUGCACUAAAAAUAGUUUGCUUGUUUAUCUGCUCACUUUAAAGAUAAAAGCAAAGUUGUUAAUUUUUAAAAUGUAUAAUGACUCAAAAGUUAGUUUUUAUUUGUGCAAACUUCUAUUUGCGAUUGAAAUUUUUCAAAAUAUUACAAUAUUUUGCUAGUGUAUAUUCACACCCCUGUUUAACUUUUUCUUAACACAAAUUUCAAGAUUAUUCUCCUUUGUAUUAUUUUCUAGCAGCAAAGUUAUACUUGCCAUAAAAUAAUUGUUAAGAAACCAUCUGGAGUUAAAAGUUUUUCCAAUCAGGGCGAAUCUCUUGCACCGCUAAAUAUUUUGUACACCGUCUGAACUGGAAACCGACCUGAAAGUGAAAAAUGCAGUAAAGUGCCUAAUGCCAUUUUGGUCUCCUUAGGAUUGUUGUUGAACAUUCCUUUUUUCUUCAUACCAAAUUUAGCUUGUUAUAAUUCUAGGAGGACGUAAAAGGUUUUCUUUAACUAUGCAAUCUAUAUGGCAGAAUGUGGUUAUAGGUUACGAUAUUGCUGUACACUAUGCAUGGGUGGAAUGUGUUUACAUUUUAUACUAUGCAUUAUUGCUGCUAUCUGAUAGAGAAACUGCAUUUAUUCUUUAAAAAUGUCAUAAAGUUUUAUCUGUAUUCUAUAAGGGUUUGAGAGACAUGAUUAAGAAUUUAAAAUUGAAAUUAUAAUUUAUAAAGAAAUUUAUAUUAUAAAGAAUGUAUAACAACACACUAGCUCUUGGGUCUGUUUCAGUCACACUUGAAGGGCCAUUUUGGUGCUGACCAUUGUACAAGAUUGUUGUAUUAAUUAAACAGAUAGAAUUUUUAAAA